AUGAGUGCUCUAUCCUCAGUUAACAUCACCAUCCUGGGCAGCGCAUCCGCCCAGCCCUCCUCGACGCGUAACCAUUCCGCGCUCGCUCUGCGCCUAGAUAGAGAUGUUUGGCUUUUCGACUGUGGAGAGGCGACUCAACACCAGCUUCAAAAGAGCGCCGUGAAGAUGGGCAAGAUUCAGAAGAUAUUCAUCACCCAUACGCACGGCGAUCACAUCUUCGGCCUGCUACCGGUACUCGCAGGACGAUCAAAUGGCGCAGGGGGGAUGGUCGACGGUGUGGAAGACCCUCGCGCCCAAACCUCCAACCCGCCAGAAGACGUACCACCGUUGGAGAUUUACGGCCCGCUAGGCACGCGCGCAUACGUCCGCCACGGACUCACGUACACGCACACACUCCUCGGCGCGCCAUACGUCGUGCACGAGCUCCGGCUGCCCUCCGACCCGCAGGACGGGGACUACACCGCGCACCCGCCACACUCGUACGAACGUCCAGGACGCAACAUCCUGCAAACGGACAGCGUGUGGCCAGACAUCUAUAAGGAUAAACUCGUGGCGGUGUCCGCGGCGCCGAUCCUACACUCGGUGCCCUGCGUCGGAUACGUCGUGAACGAGCUGCCCGUGCCAGGGAAGAUGGACCCCAAGAAGUACAUCCCAGAGCUGAAGCGCACCAAGACGCCCAUGACUGCCAUGGCUCGGCUACAACAAGGGGAGGCCAUAACGCUUACCGAUGGGACAGUCUUGCAUGGACCACCGCGUAAACCUGGACGAAAGCUCGUGAUCUUGGGGGAUACGUACGACCCGUCGCCAAUAGCAGGCAUUGCGGAUGACGCGUGCUUGCUGAUCCAUGAGGCGACGAACGCGCACCUACCGGGUAUCGACCCGAACACGAAGGAGACAGACACGUACGAGACUGUGGAGGAACGUGCGAAGUCGCGGGGACAUUCGACGCCUCAGAUGGCUGGGGCGUUUGCGACACUAAUCCGUGCGCGCAAGCUGUUGCUGAACCAUUUCUCGGCCCGCUACGCGGGAAACGAUGAUGUCGACGAGGACGCACGACGAGUGAUGGGCGGGAUACGGGAGUUGGCGGAGAGUACUUUCGGUGGCGAGGUGACAUGCGCGCGAGACCUGAUGAGCUUCGACGUAGGUCCGAGGAGAGAGGAUUGA